CAGCCGCUUUUGAGCACUGGUGUAGGAGGGGCUGAGGAAUGUUCUCAAGAAGCUCCUGAACUAGAGAAGAAGAGUAAAAGACGAGAAAAUGAAGAGUGGAUUGCCGCUCUGUUGAAAAUGCUCGAGCAGAAGCCGACGAAGAGCAGAAAACUUCUCAGAGGACUUAUAAACUUUUCCAAGGAACACAAAACGUCAAAAUCGUCAAAGUCACGUAGUGGUGUACACAAUGUGUCUCCGUCGAAAAACUCCGACACUGAGGCAGUGGAAUCCAGCGCAGAUGUUGGCCCAACGCCAUCGGACAGUGCCAGUCCAGCUGUCGAUGUCUACGAAUACAUGCGAAUGAAGCUGAAGGAGCACGAAAAAGCGAAGAAAACCACUGAGAAAGACAGUGUUGUGGAGUCGAAGCCAAAGAAGACAAAAAAGGAGAAAAAUCAGAACGAUAUUCGUGUAUAUCUAGUUGGCAGAAAGGUCGCCGAACCAUCAUGUAAGACGUGCGGUGCCCAAGCUGACAUCCGAGACUUCCUAGUUGGCAAGAAGGUGAAGCGUGCACAAGAGGCGGAAGCAGAACCAUCUACAAUUACUGACACUCCACAGAAGGAGCUGACCAAGCUGACUAAGAUUAAGUCGUCGUCGAAGAAUCGAAUUGUUGGAAAGUACGUGAAACUGAGUAAAACUCCUACUGUUGCAGUAGUUGGGGAGUCGACCACCCGUUUCAUUGGACGCCUCUCUAGCACGGCUGUCGUGUACGGCAAAAGCUUCAAACUCACCAAUCUGUCUCGAAAGGACCUCCAUCUGAGCGUGGCUCCAAUCGACUGGCCGGAGCACGUUCAACUUCUUCAUCCAAAUUCACCAAUAAUUUUGGCUCCAGGACAAACCAAGGACAUGGCGGUUACGGUAACUCGUUCGAGUGAAAGUGUUGCUUCGGAAUGUCACCUGUUGUCUAUCGUUCACCGAAAGACUACUCUGUCCCACGCCCUCUCCUAUCAGAGCUCUACACACCAGAAGAAGUGA